AUUCGUGAUUAUAGUAUUUCGUGAGUCGUGUCGGGUGUCCCAAAAGUUAAAUAAAUUAUAUUUUAAUUAUUGUACGCGGUUAAUAAAUAUUCAAAUUAAAAAUAUUUCAACAAUAAAUUUAUAAGUUAACUUUAGAUAAAGCAAUUUCCUAGUAAACUCCAUCCUGUUUAGUAUAAAUGAUUUUUAUGUGCCUAUUGACUAAUACACGGUUUUGCUGUUGAAUAUUAACUAUCAGUAUUAAGAACUGUUGGCAAUUUAAAUAAAUGAAAAUGAGUGCAACCAGAUUAGAAAUAGAUGUAAAACGACUCUUGUCAGUUUGUGAAGAAAUGGCUCAAAAUAAUUCAUCUGAUGAUUGGCGGUUAAGCAAAUUUAUAGAAGCUGUCAGUGAAAUGAUAGCAGAAUUAAUUAAAAAAAGUGAUCCAGACAAAGAUACAAUUAACCAAUACACAAAACGAAUGGAAUUCCUUAAAGGAUUUUUGAAUACCAAAGAAAUUGAAAAUUCAGAAAAGAAAUUAGUUGCCUUGGAAAUGUUAGAACCUGUACAGGUGUCUGAAAGCCGUUCAAAAGAUAUUAAGCAAAAAUAUAAAGUUACAUACAUAAAACAAUUGAGAGAUGAACUACUUGGAAAUGAUACAAAUGAAUUUAGAUCAUCUAGGCAACCAGAUGUAGAUAGUAGUGAUAAUUUGGAUGAAUUAUUGAGACAUCAUCAAAAUAAACAGGAAUCCAUCGCUGAAGAACUGAUGGCGAUCACUCGAGGCUUACGAGAACAUUCCGAACUAGCUGGAAAAAUAAUUAAAAAAGACAUAGAAAUUUUAGAAAAAUCGUCAAAAGGCAUGGAUACUAAUUUUGAAAAUUUAAAAAGAGAAGAACUGAGAUUAACGGAAUUUGUAAGAAAAAGUACUUGGAGGUGUUGGAUAUGGGUUUUGGCUGUUGCUAUGGUUGCAAUUUUUAUAAAAAUGAUUUUAUUCAUCAAAGUGACCAAAAAAAGUUAAUGAAAUUGAAUUACCUGUCCUUUGCAUCUUUAAAUUAUGUAAUUUGCACAGCAUUUUUAUUCGGUAUAUUUCACCAUUACUUAUUGUUAAUAAUAAAAAUACUUAUUGAUAUAAUAUUCUGAUAUCACUGUUAAUAAAUAUAUUGUUUCUAC